AUGUCUAGUGAAUCCCAUCGAAUUCCACGAGUCUUAUCGAUUCAAAGUCAUGUUGUCCAUGGAUUCGUUGGCAACAAAUGUGCAGCUUUCAUUCUUCAGCUCUAUGGUUUUGAAGUUGAUAUCAUCAAUUCGGUUCAUUUUUCCAAUCAUACAGGAUAUAAAACAGUAAAAGGAAGUCGUUUGACUGCUGAUGAACUCGAAGCUAUAUUUCAAGGUCUACUAAUCAACGAACUAUUAGAAUAUGAUUACAUUCUCACCGGUUAUAUGGGUUCAGGAGAACUUUUACAUGUAGUUGCGAAAUACGUUCGUCUGAUUAAAUCAAAAUCUGCUCAUAUCAAAUACAUCUGUGAUCCAGUGAUUGGUGAUAAUAACAAACUCUAUGUUGACCGAUCAUGUAUCGAAGUUUAUAAAAACGAAAUUCUUCCGUUGGCUGACAUCGUUACGCCGAAUGAUUUCGAAAUCGAAGUAUUGAUCGGAAAAGAACUAGAUUAUAAAAAUGAUGAAAAUCAAGAAGAAGUCAUCUGGCAAUCAUUGAGAAGCUUACAUAAAAUGGGUCCAAGUCAUAUUAUCAUUUCGAGUAUAUCAGCUGAUAAAACAGGCGGCAAUCAAACAAUGUUACAGAUGCGAGCGAGCACACAAUUCCUAGAUAAUCAAUAUCAAACAUUCCAGAUUGACUUUCCACAUUUAGAGGGUUCGUUCACCGGUACUGGCGAUUCUUUUUCCGCAUUGAUCCUCGCCUGGUUUCAUAAAGAGAAUAAUCUAAUCCGUGCUUGUGAACGAUCUAUCUCUAUUCUUCAUCAGAUUCUGCGAAAAACAAUUGAAAUAUCCAAACCGAUUAACACGCAUAACCGAUGUGGACAUGAACUAUGUUUAAUCGAAAGUAAAGCAAUCAUAGAGUGUGGCGAAAUUCUCUUUCAUGCUGUUCUUAAUGACAAACAUCUUAGUAGCUAA